CGAUCCUGUGGAAAAGUUCCGAAGUAGUUAGUUGGAAGAUAACAGAUAUCAAUUAAGAAAAAAACUGGACGAAGACACAAAGGUCAGAGCAGAUAGGGAGUAUAUAUACUGCUCGCCAGCGGCAGGAGGUUCAACAGCAAGCAAGAUGUUGUCAUUGCUUACAGUACUGGUCUCGGCCACCGCCAUCUCGGCCUCUGUCGUGCAGCAGAGACCCGAAAGGAAGAUCGCUGAUGCGAACUUCCUGAAACAGCAGAAGCAGGUUUUAGACCUGUUUGUUGGAGUCGGCCACAGCGAUCAUUGGAAAAUGGAGUGUGCGAACUUCGACAUGAUGGCUAACCUCGGAUCCUUCACGGAUGAGAAGUAUCCAAAAGAGUUCAUGAGGUCGUUUGCCAAAGGUAUGUUGCCUAAAGGUAGCAUCUUCACCAUGUCCUGCUAUCGCUCAAGAUCUGACACAAUUCGUCUAUUCGACGUGUUCUACUUCGCCAAGGAUUUCGACACCUUCUACAAGUCGGCUUGCUGGGCUAAGCAACACCUCAACGGCGGCAUGUUCACUUACGCUUACAUGUUGGCGCUGAUCCACAGGAGCGAUUGCCAGGACUUCGUGCUCCCACCGCAAUAUGAGAUGUUCCCCAACUUUUUCGUACCCAUCGACACUCUUCACGAAGUCUAUGAUGCCAAAAUGGAAGGCCUCAAAGAAGGAAGAUUCACAUACAAUAACACCGGAUACGAGUAUAUUUACCACGACUCAAUGUACGGCGGCCUCCUCUACAGCGAAGAACGAGGACACAGCGACAUCAAGGUUGCCUACUUCCGGGAAGAUGUCGGCCUCAACAGCUACCUUUCCGACAUGACCUUCAGGAACCCUCAAUGGAUGUGCAAAGACAAGUACAACAGCCCCUGGAUGAUGAAGAGGAGGGGUGAGAACUAUUACCACAUGCUCCAGCAACUUUUGGCCAGGUACUUACAUGAGAGGAACGCCAACAGUCUGCCCAAUUUAGAUCCCCUUAUCUGGGAAAAACCAAUCAUGGUUGGCUACAACCCCCGCGUUGCCUUCUUUAAUGGACGUCCGAUGCACACCAGACCAGACGGUAUGAUCCCAACAGAGUUCGCUUACCGUUGGGUCGCCAGGGCAAAGACUUUCGAGAGAAGAAUCAUGGAUGCCGUCGAUGCUGGUGCUAUUUGGGAAACAUCGAACAAGACUCUCCUCUCGUUGAACAAUGAGGACGGUAUGGACCUUAUCGGAAGAAUGGUGUUCGGUACAGUCGACAGCCCGAGCAAGGAUUACUUCCAGUCUGCCUACUACGCUGCCAUCGAAGCUCUCACUUACGUCUCUUCAGGAGCUGGCGACCGUGAAUUCGUAGGCAAUGCCCUUGCACUACCCAUCACAGCUGCCAGAGAUCCAGUGUACUUCAACUAUCUGGCAAGGAUGGUCGUCAGGUACUUCCAACGCUACGCGAAAUUACAUGCUCCUUACAGUCACGCAGAACUUGGUUUCAACGGAGUGUCAGUUCAGAACAUCGAAGUUGACAAGAUGGUUACCUAUUUCGAUAUGUUCGAUUACGAAGUGACAAAUGCAGUCCCGAUGCAGAAGAGCAGCGACUACACCGACCACAGAUACAUCGCCAGGCAGUACCGCCUCAACCACAAGCCUUACAAUUACAAAGUGACCGUCAACAGCGAACAGGCCGGCGAGGGAAUUGUCAGGGUAUUUUUGGGACAGAAGUACGACUCUGAAGACCGUGUCCUCUCAGUGGAACAAGCUAGGUUGGGAUUCUUCGAGAUUGACAGGUUCCUCGUCAAAUUGGCCCCUGGAGUGAAUGUAAUCGAAAGGAGUUCCAAGGAAUCUCCCUUCUUCGUAAGCGACAGAGACGGCUUCAGGACUCUCUACACUAACAUCAACAACGCAAUCAACCAGAAAGCUCCGUUCUACAUUUCACAGUACGGUCGUUGUGGACUGCCAGAGAGACUCCAACUGCCAAUGGGAUGGAAGCAAGGUCGCCCAAUACAAAUGGCAGUAAUUGUGAACAGCUUUGACCGCAGCUCCGCACAACCUGACAACAACUUCGACAUUGCCUGUGGUGGCAUGGGACUCUACGACGGCCGCCCAAUGGGAUUCCCCUUCAACAGGCGGUUGUAUAACAACUACCAUGUUCCUAACUUCUUUUUCAAGGACGUGGUCAUCGAGCACAAAGGUCGGGAUGAGGUCAACAGGCCAUCCGCAUCUUAAGAGACUGAUUCUGCACUGAUUUUAUUAUUAUAAGUUUCUAUUCAGCAUUAAAUAAAAUCUAAAAACAGUUUAUU